CAGAUGACAGAUUAGAUAGACACAGAAUCACUGCAUAGCAGAAGGAGCAACAGGCAAAGGCGCUCAGACACCUGUGUAAUGUGAAGAUGGCAACUUUGAGGAAACACUACGUCGUUAGAAGAGAGGUGUACUCUGAGGACAGCUUUGAUGAAGAUCAUAAUAGAAUCCACAGGGUGCACAAAACUAUCCUGGACCAUGUCAAAGAGUAUCUGACUUGGGAUUCAAAACGUGCCAAAAAUGCCGCACUCUCUCUUCUGCCCAUCAUUGGCUGGAUGAGGGUCUACAGAUUUAGAGAGUGGCUGCUGGGGGAUGUGGUAUCUGGGAUCAGCACUGGACUGGUGGCUAUCAUGCAAGGACUGGCAUUCUCUCUGUUGGCCUCGCUGCCUGCAAGCUACGGACUCUACACAGCAUUCUUCCCUGUGCUCACAUACUUUUUCCUUGGUACCUCAAGACACAUAUCUAUAGGUUCCUUUCCAGUCCUGAGCCUAAUGGUGGGCACUGUAGUGGACCGUCUUGUCCCAGUGAACAGCACAUCAGUCAAUAUUACAGACUCUGACCUGGACUCGCAGAGAGUCCUGGUGGCCUCCUCUGUCACCUUCCUCAUGGGGAUUUUCCAGCUUGCCAUGGGUAUUCUGCAGGUGGGCUUUAUUGUUGUGUACCUGUCAGACACUCUAGUGUCCGGCUUUACCACAGCAGCAGCCGUGCACAUCGUGGUUUCCCAGCUCAAGUUUGUGUUGGGGUUAGUUGUUCCAGGCAUCAGUGGUCCGCUCUCUAUCAUAUACACCCUGGAGAAAAUCUUCGUCCAGAUCACCUCUGUAAACAUCUGUGACCUGGUCAUGUCAAUAGUGAUUAUGGUGAUUGUGUUCAUAGUGAAGGAGCUGAAUGACAGAUACAAAGCCAAACUGCCCGUCCCUGUCCCCAUAGAAGUCAUCAUGACUGUCAUAGCUUGUGGCAUGUCGUAUGGCUUAAACUUUAAGGACACGUAUGAUGUUGAUGUUGUUGGCACAAUGGUCCGUGGGUAUGAAUCUCCAAUUGCACCCAGUAUGAAGGUCUUUCAGGAGAGUGCUGUAGAAGCCUUUCCUAUCGCCAUAGUGGGGUUUGCUGUUGCCUUCUCUGUGGCCAAAGUCUACUCUGUCAAACAUGAUUAUUCUAUUGAUGCCAACCAGGAGCUCAUCGCUUUUGGGGUUAGCAACAUAUUUGGUGCAAGCUUCAGGUCUUUUGCAGCCAGCACGGCACUUUCCAGAACAGCCGUCCAGGAAAGUUCAGGAGGCAAAACACAGGUUGCAGGAUUGAUGUCAGCCCUGAUUGUUAUGAUUGUUACUCUUGCUCUUGGAUUCCUGUUGGAGCCGCUUCCCAAGUCUGUCCUGGGUGCCCUGGUAAUCGUAAAUCUGAAGGGGAUGCUGAUGCAGUUCAGGGAAAUACCGUAUCUGUGGAGGAGAGACAAACCAGAAUGUGUAGUGUGGAUAGCAACAUGCUUGGCUGCCAUCCUGCUGGGCCUGGACCUUGGUCUGGCAGUGGGCUUGGGGGUGGAGCUGCUUACUGUUGUCUUCAGGACUCAGUUUCCACGUUGUUGUGUCUUGGCUAACAUCCCUGGGACUGACCUCUACAGAGAUCGCAAAGACUACCUGAAUAUUUUUGAACCAAAUGGAGUUAAGAUCUUCAGGAUACCCUCUCCCAUCUUCUUUGCCAACAUUGAGUUCUUCAGGGAAAAGCUUGUCGAGGCCGUCGGAUUUAACCCCCUGAGAGUGUUGAGGAAGAGGAACAAGGCAGAGAAGAAAAUCAAGAAACUGUUGCUGGAAGAGGGAGAACAUGUUACAGAGGGAGGUGUGGGCCACUUAUUUUGCCAAACAUCCGACGAGUCCUGCAUGAACAUGGAGAAGUCUGAAAAGUCCGAUGUCCUCAACGGCCUUCCUUUCUGGAAAGACUGGAAUGCUGAGCUUCCCGACAACAUCAGUGUUCCUAGAGUGGACCUCCACAGCCUGAUCCUGGACUUCUCUGCUGUCUCAUUCCUGGACAUCUCUGCUAUGAAGGGGCUCAAAAUGGCGAUCAAAGAGUUCCAACAAAUUCAAGUGGAUGUUUACAUUGUGUCAUGUGAUGUGUACAUCCUGGAGAAACUGCACGCCUGCAUGUUCUUCGAUGACGAGAUUGUGACGUCCAUGUUCUUCCCGACCCUUCAUGACGCCAUGCUGCACGUGCUCGGAAGAAACGAGGGGGAUCACAGUAAAAGCAGAACGAUUAAAUAUACCCAACUGUAGAAGAGCUGCAGUCUUGAGGAGCGUGUGAACACAAGGAAGAUUCAUCUACUGAUGAUAAACCCCGUUUACAUUCUGCCAAUUGAAUGUACCGUCCGUCUCUACUCACUAUAUUGCCUUCAUCAGGUGUUCUAUGCAUUCAGUAAAGUUCUGUUAAGUACCAUAAUUAUGUACACAUAAUCCAAGACUUGCCAAGCCCCUUCUUAAAUGUUUUCAGGCCAUCAGCUGAGAUUCACUCAUACAUUACACACAACUCUAGACUUUCAUCUCACAUUUUCUCUGACUUCUCUCAACCAACACACAUUAAAGUACAGUAGACCAUCUCUUUGAAACAGUUUAUCUGAAUCACUGCUGAAUCAACAUGUACAUUGGUUACACCGAAGAACUGCUUAAGGACAUCUGUGAUCAACAAGAAUGCUUGAUACAUAUUCUGUUUUUCUAGUUUUUGUAGUGCUUAUUUGCUUGUUUCUAGGAAUGUGAUUGUCAACAUUUAACAAUGCAGUUUUAUGCCUGGUUUAUGUUGCCGAUUAGUGUAGCUGUUAUUGUUUUAGACACUUUUUUUGGCCUCUAACCUCUACCUGCAAUGUCUUAUAUACAGUAUGUUUUAUAUAAUUAAUCAAUGAUUCAGUCUUUAGUGCCUGUGCAUCAGUUCUUUGUCUGCAUUUGGUGUACAAGUGGCCCAAGGCAUAAAUGUUCAGUGUUUAAAUAACAGUUUGAUGAAACAAAUGCAAUAAAAUACACCAAAAGUUUUGCACUGGA